AUAAAAAUAAAAAGAAAAUUAAAAAAAAAAAAAUAAAGAAGGGCCGAGAAAAUGCAUCUUCUGCACCCAGCAGCAACAACAACAACAACGGCAUCAACAACAUUAGCGUAUGGUUGCCGCUAUCGUGCGCACGCUCUCAAGCGCUUCUUAACCUUCACUCUCUUCCACCGCCAUUACCAACACCAACCUCCUCACCCCCUUCGUCUUAUCUCUCUACGCACCGUUUUACCUCAACCGCUUAUCACUCUCUCCCUCUGUCGUCGUCGGUUUCAAAAUCCCACUUUCCUCACGGGAAAUUGUCUCUUCUAUAGGAUGGAGGUAAUGUUGUAUGGAGUAGUUUGGACGUUCUAUUUUAUAUUGCCAAUUAUUAGUGGGGCUGAACGAACCCAUGUUAACGAUACUUUCACUUUGAGACCGAAUACUUGUCUAAUGGCUUUGGAGGGACAAACUCUGCCCAUAGCUGCCCCUUGUGUUGAGGCUAAGCAAUUCAAUGAGCGGUUCUGGAGUGGAAAUUCUUUAAAUAAGAACAAAGCAAUGGUGGAGCAUUUGCAGCAUUAUGGAGUGAUUUCAUCCAAAAAGGUAGCUGAAGUGAUGGAAGCUGUUGAUAGGGCAUUAUUUGUACCUGAUGGGAGCCCUCCCUAUCUUGACAGCCCCAUGUCUAUAGGUUAUAAUGCCACUAUUUCUGCACCUCAUAUGCAUGCAACGUGCCUUCAAUUGUUGGAGGAGAAUUUGCAGCCUGGAAUGCGUGCUUUAGAUAUUGGUUCAGGGACGGGAUAUUUAACUGCAUGUUUUGCAUUGAUGGUUGGACCACAAGGGCAUGCAGUUGGUGUGGAACACAUUCCUGAGUUGGUUUCUUCAUCAAUCCAGAAUAUUGAAAAAAGUGCGGCAGCAUCAUUAUUGAAAGAGGGUUCUCUCCAAGUUCAUGUUGGUGAUGGCAGGCUAGGUUGGCCAGAAUUAGCACCUUAUGAUGCUAUUCAUGUUGGGGCAGCAGCUCCAGAAAUCCCACAACCCCUUAUCGAUCAGCUGAAGCCUGGAGGCAGAAUGGUGAUUCCAGUGGGUAACAUAUUUCAAGAUUUGAAGGUGGUGGACAAGAACUUGGAUGGCUCUGUUAGCGUUAGGAGUGAAACUUCUGUUCGAUAUGUUCCUCUCACUACUCGGGACGCCCAGUUGCGAAACUACUGAGGCUGAGAUAUCCAUCUCACUUUGUUGUUAGACUAGGAGAAUGUGGAAUUUAUUACUGUUUUAGUUUCAAGUUUUGUACAGGCGAUGUUAUGGUUUUUGUUCACAGUAAUGAAUAACAUUAGUAAUUUCAUAACCUAUCAAAUAUCGUUGCAAGUUUCUUCAUCAUAAAA